AAUAUUACCCUUAUACUUUUUUAUUACUUGCCUGCUACUCUACUUGUAGUGGCCUUCAAGUAGAUAUGAUUGUCUGAUGUCAAUUUAUACGAAAGAAUAUGCUAGAGAAAAAUGGACCCAAGAGUAAAUUUCCUAACUUCUACUCCCUCUUUUGAACAUUUUCCUAACUUCUACUCUUAUUUUUCACGUGCACGCUUUAACUUUUACUUUCUCUUUUUCUACGUGCAUGUUAUUUAAACUACUAAACGAUAUAUUUUUUAAAUAAAUCUAUAGAAAAGUUUCCUUUAAAAAAACCAUAUUAAUAUAUUUUUUUAAUUUUAGUUAAUAUUUAAUUAACUAUGUACUAUUUUAUCGUUCAAUUUUACGUGCGCAUUGAGAAGUCUCCACCAGCCUAAAGAGCAUUUUGUAGGUGUACCUGACGUUUUCUACGCUGAGUUACCCGCAUAUGAUAAAGAAUUUCAUAGUAUUCAUGUGGGUAUUUUGUCCAGAAUUUCUUUGCAAACAUCUCAAAGUGAAAAUCCUUACCAUGUUAUAAACACACUUGACACUUGACAGAUAAAUGCAUGCACAUUGAGUGCCAGCUCGGGAGGCCCGCCGGGGACCUGACUACCUGAUCUGCCACUGCCAGAUGCCAGUGCGUCGGAGGUGGUACCCCCCGAGCUCCACCGCAGCCCAGCCCAGCCCAGAUGGAGGCGAUGUAAACACAGAUGACGCCGACGCCUGCCCAUCUUCUCGACAGCAGAGACCGCCGUCGCUUCCACAGCAUUCGGCUCCCAUCCAUCACCGUAAGCUUCUAUCUGCUUCUUGCGAUCCUUCUGCGAUUCUCCGUCGAAUUGAUCAACCCUGUGAACCCCAAUGCAUUUGCUACUCUCUAUCAUGUCUCUGAUAAUUUGAUUGAUCCUGGUAGACGAGUAAUCAACUCCAUUGAUGCCAGCGGUGAGGUGAUGGAAUAUGGAUCUAGUAACGAUCAGAGGAUGCAGGACAUGGAAAUAUGGCCGUCGGACGGCGGCGGCGUGGAGGAAUACGACCCGUGGACGGCUUGGCUUUACAAGCCACACACGGUCUCGGUUCUCCUUGCCGGCGCAUGCCUCCUGAUCUGGGCAAGUGGGGUCCUUCAUCCAGAGAUUACAAGCUCUCAUGAUAAGGUCAUACCUAUUAAAAGGGGUGUCUGGGCUAUGAUCGCAGUUUUCCUAGCAUACUGCACUCUCCAAGCACCUUCAACGAUACUUAUUAGGCCUCAUCCUGCUGUGUGGCGUUUGGUGCAUGGCAUGGCUGUUGUGUACCUUGUUGCUCUAACUUUUCUUCUUUUCCAGAAACGUGAUGAUGCCAGGCAGUUUAUGAAGCACCUUCACCCUGGUCUCGGAGUUGGUAGAAUAUUUAUGCAAUACAUUCACAAGGGAAAAAUCACAAUAUCAUCUAUAGAUAUAUAUAUUCUGAUCAUUUGUUUAUAUCAAAAUGCAGAACUACCAGAGAGAUCAUAUGGUUCUGACUGCCGUAUGUAUGUUCCAGAAAACCCUACCAACAGAUUUAUUAAUAUUCAAGAGACAUUGUUUGAUGAAUUUGUUAUUGCCCAUGUCUUGGGUUGGUGGGGUAAGGCAGUAAUGAUACGGAACCAACUUCUCCUAUGGGUCUUGUCAGUUGGUUUUGAGCUCAUGGAGCUUACAUUUAGGCACAUGCUGCCAAAUUUUAACGAGUGUUGGUGGGACAGUAUUAUAUUGGAUAUCAUGAUAUGUAAUUGGUUUGGUAUUUGGGCGGGGAUGCACACAGUCCGUUACUUUGAUGGCAAAACAUACGAAUGGGUUGGACUGAGCCGUCAGCCAAGCAUUAUGGGUAAGGUAAAAAGGUCAUUAUGUCAGUUCACACCCGCUAAAUGGGAUAAGGAUCAAUGGCAUCCUUUCAUGGAGCCAAGGAGAUUCAUCCAAGUGUUCUGUCUCUGCGUCGGUUUCAUGACAGUGGAACUUAACACCUUCUUCCUGAAAUUUUGUCUCUGGAUUCCUCCCAGGAACCCCUUGGUUGUGUAUCGGCUGAUCCUUUGGUGGUUAAUUGCUAUCCCGGCAAUUCGUGAGUACAACACCUACUUGCAAGACAGAAAACCAGUGAAGAAGGUGGGAGCUUUUUGUUGGCUUUCGUUAGCUAUAUGCAUGGUAGAGCUGCUUAUAUGCAUGAAGUUUGGACACGGUUUGUUUCAAGAUCCAAUGCCUACUUGGUUGAUUACUCUUUGGAUUUGUGUGGGGAUUUCUCUUGCGCUUUUCUUGCUGGAAUGGUCACGAAGGGAUCACUUACGCUCAAUAAAGCAGCUGUAAUAGCUUCAUCGCAGUGUUUCUGCUCCAAACCUUCUAUUACCUUGUAUUUGUUUGUUUUCAAGAUAACUAUACAUAGCUAGUCUCUUUAACUAGACCUUAAGGUAGGCAAAUUUUACUUGACAAUAGUUCCGCCAUUACAGGCCUGAGAUUGCGAGAGUUUCAAGAUAAUUAUAAUAUUUGGAACAAUUUUAUUUGAGAAAAACAAUAGCAUUGCUAUGCAA